GGUUUCAAAAAAAUAGAAGUCUAGACUCGAGUAUGGUAAUUUUAUCUAAAUCUAAUUUUAAAUAAAUUUUUGUUUAGAUCCAUAAGUAAGUUUGCGACACGUGCAGUAAACAUAUAUAUAGUAUGAAAAAUACUUUCAAAUUGGCAGUAUUCCUUUUACCAUUGGUUUUAUUCCGUGCAUGCAUGCUGUGGAACCAUCGAAACGAUCGAAUGCCCGCAGUAUCUGCAUUUACAAGGAGUCAAGGAGUACGCGCUGGUACCCGCGGCUGUUGCAUCUUCCUCGUGGUGAACGGCGACUAUGGCUUGUGAACAAGAAAAACGUAAACGCCGAACAUCAGACUCCAGCAGUGAUGAUAGUAUUCACGAGACUGCGCCAGUCAAGAAACCAUCCUCCGUUGCCUCGACAGCGUCCUCACACGCAUCAAGAACGACUGGCGUGGCCGAACAGAUGAAGUUGGGAAGGGGUCGCCAGAAGUCCACACGGACAUUGUUUCAGCUGGAGGAAGAUCUGGCGAUCAUCGAAUUUGUGGCGACGCAUAGCCAUCUGGGCGGAGAAAAAAACACCGGCGGCACGAUUGCUGUGGCAUUGUGCAAGAAAUUUCCCAAGAUUGCUCAACGGCAUACACCAGUCAGCAUUAUGGCGCGACUGCAGAUUAUCAAGAAGAACAUCGAUAAUUAUAAAGUACCUGUGGAAUAUAAAUAUGCCCUGACAAAUAAUGCGCUUUACGCAGUGAUGCUGGAAGAAGAGCACAGAAAGAAUAAGCAAUCAGGAAAAGUGCUGAAAGAUGAUCGCCCAGGGACAUCGCUGCACGCGAAAGAACCGGAAGCCGUUCCAGUAAUUAAACCCCAGGCUGUUUUCCAAAACAAAAGGAAUCCGGUGCCUGCGGAACAAGUUUUUCUUGACGGCGACGAUGACGCAGUAAUGAUAAAUGAGGACGAAGGCAUACGUUCGAAGCAAGAAAGACUGAAAAUGCAGAAGUCGAAGAAGGGAGACGAUGCUCCAGUUAUCUCUCGCCCGGUUGCAGUUUCGAAACCAUCGAAUGGACUGAUUGCUGGUGAAGUGGAAAAGACCAUAUUCCACAAGAAGCCACCAAAUGGCGAACAUCCUUUUAGCAGCCAAGAGAAAAGGCGGAGAAAACCUGACAAUCCCAAGAAAAGAAUCGCGGGGCCUGUUCCAGAUAUUGAUAUUGUGGCUAAGUCGAAAAAACGGUUGACGACGUAUGAACUGAACGAUCCCGCCCCUUCGAAUGCGCCACCCGGAGAAAUGGCUAGCAAUACCAGUAAUGCUCUUCCGCCCACUGAAGUUAGUGCGCCCAUUACUCGUCCAGAUUCCGAAGAAAUUCCGGAAUGCCAGCCGAAUAUAACCGGUUCAGAGCCACAACCAGUAGAAGUGGCGGUACCCGUACAGUUCUCGACGAGAACUGUGGCCUGUCAGGCGAACAUCGCGUGGUUACUCGCAAACCAAAAGAGGGGCCAGGCAGGAUCAUCCGGACAGGACGGCCAAAACGAGAAGCCCGCUAGUAACGAUCAGGCGUGCCAGGUGCGAAUGCAGGAGUCCACGGAGAAUGGAACAGUUCAGACGGAUCAGUCCUGCCUUGGGAUGGUUGAUCAGGCUACGCAAACCUUCCUAAGUCUGAUACCGGUUAUCAAGGUCGAUCGAGGAUGCUCGCCGGUGCGGUUUCCUCAGCAGAAAUUGAAAAGGGUUACAUUCGCUCCCAUUCCAGAUACUGUUUCGGAUGAUGAGCUACCGGUUCCUGUUUCGGGUUUUCUUGUGAAAAGGAAAAGGGUGGUGUCGAAUCAGAAUGGCCUGAGUGGUGGCUCGGAAACGGUGCGUGGAAUAUUAAGAAGUCCAACAGCGGACAUCGAAUCCAAAAGGGACGACCCAGAAAUAAUUCCUAGCGAAAGUGUCGAAUCUCCUGAUAUGUCUUCGAAAUCUCCGAAUUCUGGAUUACCAUUGGGUGAGAGUUCCUUAACUGCUGGAUGCUCUUCAGUCAGCGAAACUCCAGAUUCCCUUUAUUUACCCCUGUCUCCACGACACGAUUCUGCGCUAUCCACCUCACUGCGAGACUCUCCGGCUAAAAUUACCACGGAAGGUAGUGAUGCGACGGAAUUAUUGCCUGCAGAGCUGUGCCAGCUUACGGCUGUCACCAACGAUGCAUCCGGAUCGGAGGCAGCUGCAGCGAAGUCUGCUUUGCCAGGAAAAUGCGUGGACAGCGAGAUUGUCUCUCCGUCAGAGAGCCCGGAUGGCCUGCGUACGGAUACUAAGAUGGUUGUUGAUCUGGCUAGUCAGCAUGGUGUAUCUCCAAAGAUCAUUAUAUAUGCGCUGCUAAUCAACAGUGGCUCGGUCGGCGAAGCUGUUGACUGGCUUGCGACAAUGUACUCAACAUCAUCCUCGUCUCCCAGUUUCAGCUUUGUAAUCGAUCGUGCACUGCUGGAAGAGGAUUUUGAGGAUGUUCUGAAAGGCCCGAUUGGACGUCUCCGGUCACCUGAAGUCUUACGACAUCGAGCAGCAUUUUUGAAGCGUAGUUGCGAAGCACUGAACUCUGGUUUGAUAAAGCGAAGAGCGGAGGUGGUGGACAUGAUUCGGGAAAUUCAUAAUGCUCGACCGGGGUUUGCGCAGGAGGAUUGAUGUAAAGAGUUAAAAUUUGAGGCUUAUGGGAGCACGAGUGAGAGUUCGGUGAAGUUUUUGAACCAAAAACUUUCGUUAUGAUGUUUACUUAAUUAAUGGCUCUUAUCUUCAUUCAUAUGAUCCCAGUUGUCUUCUCAAAAUAAAGUUUUCUUGGAAUGAAACGAGUAAUGUAGAUGCUUUAAUUUCGUGUGAACUGUUAUGCCUCUUAAAUUCGUAUCGUCAACGAAGUGUUGUAUUGGUACAUGUGCCGUAAUUUAUUCAGAACCGAAAGAAAUAAAAUGGAAUUUAAA